AUGGCAAUCUCAGAGCUUGUGGCCGUCCUCGACGGAUACAGCAAAGCCGCACUCAUCGCAGGCGCCUCUGUCGUCUCGCUUAUUUCGUUCGUAGUCGGCACCACCGUGUACCGAAUCUGGUUUCAUCCCUUAGCCAAAAUCCCUGGCCCCAAGCAUUAUGCCGCCAGUGAUGUUUUUGGACAAUGGCGCGCAUCCGUGAGGCUGAACAUGAACGACCAUGCCAUCAAGCUGCACCGGAAGUAUGGUCCCAUCGUCCGGAUCGGUCCGGACCGCCUUGCCGUUGAUGGAAACAUUGCCUGGCCCAACAUCCACGGAGCUCGACCUUCGCGCACCGAGGCCGAGUUCAGCAAGGUUCCGGGGUUCUUCUUUCCUAACGAUCACAUGGCCCUACUUGCAGCUAGCCGCGACGAUCACCGGCGGCAGAGACGCCAGCUAGCCCACGCCUUCAGUACGGCAGCCCUCCAAGAACAAGAGGGAAUCAUCAAGCAAUACAUCGACAAGCUCGUCAACGAGAUGCGGACCCGAGCUGCAGGAGGCGAGACGAUCAACAUGGUCGACUGGUUCAACUACUGCACCUUUGACAUUAUUGGCGACCUCGCCUUUGCGGAUUCGUUCCACGCGCUCGACGGCGAUACCACCUUCGUUAAAAACGCCUUCCGCGGUAUUGUUGGCUCCGCCUACGGGCGUUUUCUGUGGCACUUCCCCUUGCUGCGGGUGCCGCUUGCGCUCAUACUGGGCUCCCGCGAGUUCGAAAUCGCCCUCGAGGCGAACACACAGAAUAUGUCCCUGGGCCGGCUCAAGGGACAGACGCGCAUUUCCAUGGGCGGGGAGCCCAGAGACUCAUCGCGCCGCGACUUCGCCACGUACAUGAUGCGCCAGGACAAAGAGGGGAACAAGGUGCUCAGCGAUGGCGAGAUCAUGGCUAUCUCGGGAAUUCUCGUCAUUGCAGGCAGCGAGACCACGGCGACGGCGCUGUCAGGCCUCGUCUUCUUCCUCGGUCAGAACCCGGACAAGCGGCGCAUCCUCGAGAAUGAAAUCCGUUCUGCCUUUACCGACGAUGCUGAGAUAGACAUGACAACCACAGCCCGGCUCGAGUACCUGAAUGCCGUCCUCGAGGAGACUCUCCGCAUGUACCCUCCAGCAUCAUCCGUGCCUCCGCGCGUUAGCCCAGGCGCAGAGGUAGCGGGCCACUGGCUACCGCGUGGUACCAUUCUACACGUUUAUUCUGCUGCCUCGUUCCGCAAUCCGGACCACUUUACAGAUUCAGACUCAUUCCAUCCUGAGCGUUGGCUGUCAGCAUCACACCCUCUCUACAACCCCCGCUUCGCCGCGGACAAGAAGGAGGCUUUCAGACCUUUCAGCGCGGGCCCGCGUGACUGCAUCGGCAAGAAUCUCGCCUACGCAAAGAUGCGCGUCAUCACCAGCCGCAUCUUGUAUAACUUCGACUUGGAGGUGCUGCCGGGCCAGGAUGACUGGCUGACAAAGCAGCGGGGCGAGCUUGUCCAGAUCAAGGGUGCCAUUGAGGUUAAGCCUAGACUGAGAGCGAGCUUGAAAGAGGGCGGACUCUAGCUCUAGGAAUGAGCUUGCCGACAUACCUGCUCGACGACCACAUGGGGGAUGUGCUUUUGGUGCCCUUUCGCUACAAGAUGUCCUCAGCGAAAAAGAAGCAUGAGGCAAAUCUUAAACCGACAUUAGUACUGGGAGAUUUUGCUUCUGAAAAUCUGCCAGAGGAUAGAUGGCUACUAGAGGAUAAAUGGCUACUAGAGGAUAAAUGGCUACUAGAGGAUAAAUAGAUGCUAGAGAAUAGAUAGAUGGCUGCUAGAAGACUG